GCGUGUCUUUCUUAAAGGAAUCAAAAACCUGUUUGAACCGAAAUCCACCAGUAAGGUACCAAACCCAAAAGCAGCAGUCCUACGAGAUUGUACUGGAAUGCUCCAGUCAGACGUUGCAAACAAGGUUAUAAGUUAGUGUACCCAUACUUUGUAAGUAUCCACUCAUGAUACUGAGUCUUUUGGGCGAGGAAGGGAGACGAAGGGGGGUUUGCCGUCACCCGCCAUGCUAUACUGAGCCAAAUUAACGGUGCGACAUAAACGAGCCAACGCGUUUUUACGUUGUUAAAUGAGGAGGGAAGGAAGUGCAAGUGGCACAAGUAAUCCGCGUGGCGAGGCAAAGCUUGAAGAUCGUGGCCAUUCUCAUCGUAUUACUUGUUGUUGGCCUGCCUUCUGGGUUGUGUGUCUGGUUCUUCUGGUGAAAAAAAAAAAAAAAAGAAUCGAACUUAACGGUCUAAACCUCCCUUUGCAUCUCCCGUGCUUUCUUUUUCUCUUCUCUUUUACUCCUGAUUGAUCCCUUCUCUCUUUUUUAUUUUGUUCUUUAUCUUUUUCUGACCUCUACCGAAAUCCCCUCUUCUGUUUUCUCUCUUCUUUUCUUUACCAACAGACACACUUCUUUCACAAUACUCUUUCUUCACUUCACGCUUCCCCAAUCCACAGUCUCUUGUUUAUAAUCUAUGCUUAUGGCCACACAGUCAGAUCAUCACCAUUUUCAGAGCGCCGCCGACAUUACCAGGCCGUUCCAAAAGCAG